AAUAUGUGCCUAGCUUCUGUUCGAGCUUAUGAUACUUCAACUGAAAGUAUAAAAGCGCUCGAUGCUGUGGAGUUGAAAUUUCAAGAUAUAAUCAAUUCUCCAUCAUUAGAUGCUGCUUGCCGGAAGAUAGAUAAUUUGGCUGAGAAAAAUGAACUUGAUUCAGCAUUGGUUCUCAUGAUUACGAAAGCUUGGUCAGCUGCUAAAGAAUCAAAGAUGAUGUAUGUGAAAGAUGUAUUGUAUCAUUUAUUUACAGCAGCAAGAGGUAAUCUCCAGAGGCUUAUGCCAAAAGAAAUCAGGAUACUCAAAUACCUGCUUACAAUCAAAGACCCUGAGGAGCGAAUUAGUGCUUUAAAGGAUGCUUUUACCCCGGGGGAGGAACUUGCAGGAAAGGAUAUAGACUGUCUAUACACGUAUGCAUCUUGAACCUAACCCAUUAGUCACCCAGUUUUUAUCAUUGUUUCAUUUUGGUUGCCUAACUUCCUUUUUUUUUUUUCUAAAUAUCUGAUUUAGUGUAGAGUUUUUAAUUUAUUUUUGUUUUGCAUUAUGUCUGUUGAGUUCACGAAAUGCUAAAUGGAUAAUGGAAAAUAUGACGUGGAUUGGGAAAUCCAUUAAUGCAUUGUUUUUAUCGUCUAGUUGGAAAAAAUGUGUCUUGUUUGUUGGAUUACCGGUGCUUUCGAAAUGCACCUUUCUAAAGAAAUAAUGAAAGAGAAGAAAAACUUUGCAAGAAAAAAG